CAUUUUCCCUCUGCCGAAACAAAAACAAUCUAAUGUCUCUUCGGUAAAAAGCCUGGAAAAUAACUCGGAUUUUCUCGGAAACCUCAUGAAAAAAACCUAAAGCUCAGGGAGAGAGAAAAAAUGAUGUGAUUUCUCUCGCAUUUCUCUUCACUUUCAUCAUCAUUCCGCUGAAAUUCGUCGUCGGUUUUAGCUUCUUCGGGGAGCUUGAAUUCGAGAUUGUUGUGAGGGCCAGUGGUUGAAUUUGGUUAAAAGAAAUUGGUUAAUUGCAGGGAGGUUGAAUUUGGUUAAGCAAGUUCAAAGUCUAUAACAAUGUCUGUUUGUAGUGUACAGCUAACUCCAGUGGUUGAAGGGUCUCUAAGUUUACCUGGUAAUAUCACCUGUCGAUAUGGUCUGGCUUUUACUGACUCCAUCUUGGUUUUUCUCUCUGUUGGGGGCUCUGUGAUACCGAUACAUAUAAUGGAAUCAGAUUCAAUUGCUUCAGUGAAGAUGAGGAUUCAAAAUUCUAUUGGAUUUUUUAGGAAGAAGCAGAAGCUGGUUUUUGAAGGAAGGGAAUUGUCUCGAAACAAUUCUCGACUCCGAGACUACGGGGUUGCAGAGGGGGACAUAUUGCAUUUGAUUGUAAGGCUUUCUGAUCUUCAAGUCAUUACUGUGAAGACUGUUGGUGGGAAGGUGUUUACAUUUCAUGUUGAGAGAGGUAGAAAUGUGGGAUAUGUUAAGCAGAAACUUGCUAAGAAGGAAAAAGGGUUUGUUGAUCUUGAGGACCAACAACUGAUAUGUGACGGUGAGGAGCUUGAAGAUCAAAGACUAAUCAAUGAUAUCUCCAAGAGUGAAGGUGUCGUGAUUCACUUGCUGGUUCAAACAAGAUCUGCUAAAGUAAGGGCUACACCUAUAGAAAAGGAUUUUCAAGUGACUGUUGAGGCAUUGAAUUUGAAUGAUAAGAAUUUCGAGAAGGCAAAACCAUCUAAGGAGUUGCAGGUCUUACAGAGCAAACUGUUGCGGAGCCACAAAGAUUUCAUUUUAAAGCCUCUGAUUGUAAAUUCUAAGAUUGGACUCCCAUUUGUUUUGAACAAACUAAUUGACUUGACUUUUGAUGGAUUAGAAAGUGGCAAUCAGCCAAUUCAGUCAUCAGAGGGAUGUGGUGGUGUAUAUUUCAUGCAAGAUUCAUCUGGUCAAAAGUAUGUUUCUGUUUUUAAGCCCAUUGACGAGGAGCCUAUGGCUGUAAAUAACCCACAAGGGCUACCUUUGUCAGAAUAUGGUGAGGGACUAAAGAAAGGCACACGCGUGGGAGAAGGAGCAUUUAGGGAAGUUGCAGCUUACCUUUUGGAUCACCCAAUGGCUGGAGCACGUUCAUUAUAUAAUGGAGAGAAGGGCUUUUCUGGUGUUCCUCCCACUAUGAUGGUGAAGUGCUUGCACAAAGCAUUUAGUUAUCGAGAUGGUUAUCAGUAUGCUCAUAGAAAUGUGAAAAUUGGGUCACUACAGAUGUUUGUGGAAAAUAUUGGAAGCUGUGAAAACAUGGGACCUCGUGCUUUUCCAUUGGAUGAGGUGCACAAGAUCUCAGUGUUGGACAUAAGAUUGGCAAAUGCUGAUAGGCAUGCAGGGAACAUUCUAGUUACAAGGGAAAAUGGACAAGGUCAAAUCGUGCUUGUUCCAAUUGAUCAUGGCUAUUGCUUGCCCGAGAAUUUUGAAGAUUGCACAUUUGAAUGGCUGUACUGGCCUCAAGCUCAGGAAUCUUAUUCCCCCGCCAUUAUAGAGUACAUCAAGUCACUGGAUGCUGAACAAGACAUUGAACUGUUGAAGUUACAUGGUUGGGACAUACCACCUGCCUGUGCCCGCACCCUUCGCAUUUCCACCAUGCUUUUGAAGAAAGGUGCAGAAAGGGGGCUCACACCCUUUGCUAUAGGAAGUAUCAUGUGCAGGGAAACAUUGAACAAGGAGUCUGUUAUUGAGCAGAUUGUUCGAGAAGCAGAAGAAACUGUUCAUCCAAGAACAAGCAAAAAUGCAUUUCUUAAAGCUGUGGCACUGAUCAUGGACCGUCAUCUUGAUGAACUAGGCCUAUAAGUCAAUGGAGUACCUUGUUAGGUAUAUCAGUGUAAAUUCACAAAGCUAGGCACAUACAUAGAAGAUGGAUGAUUGGUCCUUGGUGGGUUCUUUUUGAUGAACUGCAGGUUCUCAAGUAGUAUGGGUUUGAUUACUGGAAGCUGUAUGGUACCCUCCAUCAUCUUCUUCGUUUUGUUCAUACACCAAGCUGUGCCUGAACUCGUACUCUGAUAUUCAUAUUCUAAUUCUUGUUUAAAAAUGCAUGUAUUAUAUUGUUUUGUGGUAUUGGCAUUUUGUUUUCCUGCAAUUGUAAUGCAUACAUAAUGAUUUGUAGCCCAGAAGUAGGAUUUAAGAUGAGGGCUAAAUCCUAUUUAACGGCAGAGAUAAAUUUGCUGCUCUUACUAAUCAACACCAAUCUGGGGU